AUGUCAAUGAUAAAGGAUAACAGGCUAAUCAAGUUCUUGAAGUCUUGCAGAACCUUUGUGUAUAAACGGUUUCAGUUUCUUGAAUACCAUUAUGCCUAUAUCCUUGGCAUGGUAAUUCUAAAUUCGAUCAUUUUGUACGCUAGCGGUCGCUUACCUUACAUUGAUGCACUCUUUCUUGCUAGUGGAGCCGUUACACAAUCAGGUAUUCCUACAGUGAAUAUCUCGGAUAUUUCCGUAUACCAGCAGCUCACCUUGUUAAUAUUCUCCGUACUAAGCACACCUCUGGCUGUCAAUCUUGGACUUACAAUCAUAAAGUUGUACUAUUACAAUAAGCGCUAUGACAAAGUGUUAAGAGGCAAUCGUUUGACGAUGACUUACACCUACAAUACUAUUCGCCCGAAAGAUGAGCCCGAACCUAGUAGGGUAGGUGGUCGAAAAAUCCAAGUGUUACUGGAUCAAGGUAAUCGCUUACGUCGUCCCGUUGCUCCUCCGAAAGAUAAUGAUGAGUCUGAGGAAAUGACACAGCCUAAAAGAGGUUUUUCACGCUUCCGCCGUUCACUUAGCACGAUACAAAGACCAUCUACGAUUCCGAAUAUUCCUUUCUUUAGAUUUCCUAGAAAGUCGGUUGACUUAGAAAAGCAAGACCCACCUGUGAGGAAUGCUUAUUCUUCAGGGCAGUCAGUUCAUAAUGGAGAUAUUCGUUCUAGCCAAAAUGAGUACGCUGUAAGGAGCAGUGAUUAUUCCGCUACUCCAUCUGUUUCAUCAAACUUUGAAGGAAAUAGAGAAGAGCAAUCUAGUCCAAUUGAGUACUCAUCCCGAGAAUUGGAUGAUAUGAAUCCUCCUUCACCCUUUGAUCGUAGAGAAAACCCCGAUACGUCUACUGAAAAUGCUUAUGCCCCAAAAAAUAAUGACUAUGUGAAUUUUCCUCAAGAUGAAGCAGCGGGUACGGACAACGUAUCAUCCAGACCUUCAAAUGAAUCGAAUGAUCCUGACUCCUCUACCCAAGUUAAUGAACACGGUAAUUCGGGCUCUUCUAACCGUACGGACUUUUCGACCCCAAGGAACACCAUGGCUAGUUCUUCCUCUUCUUCGCACGGAGCUGGCGCGUAUCCUUCAGAGUACAAUAUUAUCCGUACCGAUAAUGAGCCACCCUCUUCUCCUAACGAACAGCAACAGCAUGAGAGCCCCCCUGCUCCUGAUAAUUUAGAUCAAGUUUCGACUUCUGGUAGUACAGGACAACAAGAAGUUUCUAAUCGCGAAGGUGCAUCAAGUCCGAGAAUUACAAUUGCAAUACCACCCGCUCCUGAUCACGAACGAAAACCAGUACAUACGGCUGGUUUUAACAAUGAUACUAGCUCUACCAAAUCUCCUAUGUCUUUUGGUAGAACCAAUCGAGGCUCGACGUUUUCUUUGUCGAAUCGUAACUCAGAUAAGAGACACUCGGUUUCUUUUCUUCCUCCUCAAUUCCGAAAGACAUUUACAUCCGCCUUGCCUGACAGGCUUAAAAAUACUAAGACCUUUCGUUCGACAAACACGUCAGCUACGUUGCCGUUUCUUUCGUACCAACCCACUAUUGGUAGAAAUUCUGCAUUUUACGCUCUGUCAGCCGAGGAACGAGAAGAACUUGCCCGUAUUGAAUACCAGUCUCUGAAAUUAUUGCUCUUUUUGUUGACGAUUUAUUUUAUAUUAUGGCAUAUUUUGGGUUUAGUUGGAUUCCUUAUUUUCAUCUAUACUGCAAAGGUUUCCGGUAGGGCAUGUACAAGUGCGGGAAUUAAUCGUGGUUGGUGGGCCGCAUUUACAUCUGCUUCUUUAUUCAACAAUAUUGGGUUUGCUUUGCAUGAUGACUCGUUAAAUCAAUUUCAAAAAGCAAUAUUCCCACAAGUCAUGGGGACUAUUUUGAUCCUUACGGGAAAUACAUUUUUUCCAAUUGCUUUGAGGCUGAUGAUUUGGUGCUCUCUAUGGUUUAGCAAGUUUUAUACACCGCAUUUUCAACAAUCUUUAAUUUUUCUACUUGAACAUCCACGAAGGAGUUUUACAUUAUUGUUUCCAUCCAAAACUACGUGGUAUUUAACAGCAAACUUACUCGGUUUAAAUUUACUUUCCUUUUUCUUUUUCAUGGUGCUAAACUUGAGCAAUCAUUAUGUGAAACAGAUCCCAGUUGGAUACAGGAUUAUGAAUGGUAUAUUUCAAAACGCAUCUACCAGGGCGGCUGGUUUUACGGUCAUUGAUAUUGGAAAUAUCGCUCCAGCGGUAAUCAUUGCUAUGAGUAUUCGACAAACAAAUGUUUAUGAGGAACGUUCUUUGGGAAUUUAUGCGCCGCCUAUAGACGACACUAGUGAUGACGAAUCCGACGGUUCUGGUAAAGAAACCAAGCAAAAGCAAAGUAAGCCGGCGAAGCCUAAAUCAGGGAGAAACUUUUUAGCAGAUCAUAUCCAGCGUCAAUUAAGUCAUGAUUUAUGGUACAUGUUUUUCGGAUUUUUUCUCAUUACGAUUUUGGAAGGACCCAGAUUGGAAAGAGCGGAUGAACCACAAUUUACUCUGUUUUCAAUUUUUUUUGAAGUCGUUUCUGGUUAUGGCACAGUUGGGCUCAGUCUUGGAUAUAAUAGUUCGCCGUCUCUAUCAGCUCAAUUUCGAAAAAUCAGUAAACUUAUAAUGAUAGCAUUAGAGAUUCGUGGAAGGCAUCGAGGAUUGCCGAGUGUUCUGGACCGAGCAGUACUUAUGCCAUCCGACAAAAAUUUUGAUCGGGAAGAAGAAGAUUAUAUUCGAAAGCAUGGAAAGAAAAAAUGA